AUGCAUACGAAACUUUCUGUAAUCUUUUUGCUUAUCUUUACUAUUCUCCUUCUGAAUUCGACGCAAGCAGAUGAAUUCAAACCACCCACCAUUCAAGAUGCUGCUAAUAAAUACAAAAUAAAUGAACCGAAGGCGCAUCAAGUGUAUUAUAACGCACAAAAGAAAAUUACGCUUGAUUACACUUUUGAAGACAAACUGCCAAACGAAAUCUUCUUAUUGGAUAUUUAUCUGCUGAAUAAGAAAGGGAAAAAGAUCAAGACUUUUGUAAAGAAUGCUAAUACAACUGCCGGUAAUCACCGUUUUACACGAAAAUUCCCGGAAAAUUUGCAUAGCGGCAAUUAUACUGUUAGAUUCAAUGAGACCAAAAAUACCGGCAUUUACUGGAGUACUGCAUAUUUACUAACUGACAUUCCAAUAAAAUAUCUAUGUAAAUAA